AUGUCUCUGCCCGCCGUAAGCGUUGACUCCGGUGCCGGAACAUCGUCAACAAAAGCGAAGAAGAGAAUUUCCGCCAAUUCCACUACACCUCCUUCUCACAAGCCUAAGCGACACCCACCAGUUAGAGUCAAGCUGAGGGGCUUUGGAGCCGGGCGUUUGGCGGCUGUGAAGGCGUUUGAAAUGGCGGGCUUGGAUGUGGUGUCUCUGACGGAUGUGACUUACAUCAACUGGAGGAAUAAUCCGAGGGCGAAGAAACAGCGGCGACUCUGAUGAGGGUGCAUUUCUUGAUUUUGUUGUGUGUUUUUAAAGGUGUUAUUGGAAGCCAGGUAGUUGUUUCUUGUGGAGGAAGUGAAUGAAAGUGUUCCAUGAUGC